AUGCCGCCACGCGCGCAGUCCCCCCGCCCUGCCAGCACCGUCCCCCCAUCCGCGCCCCCGCUCUUCUCCGCGCGCCCCUUCCUGCUCGGCGCGGCCGUCGCGCUGCUGCUCUCGCAGGCCGCGCUCCUCGCGCGCCUCCACCCGCCCGCCGCGCCGCUUCUCCGCGCCGCUGGUGCGGGCGGCUCGGCGGGGGAUGUCAGCAGCCCUGGGAAUUCGGCUACACCUGCCAUCCUCACUCUCAUCCCUCCUCUCCCUUCUUCCCAUCCCUCCCCCCCCUUCUCCUCCACCUUCACCAACCCCUCACCCCCCCUCCCCUCUCCCUGCAUGCGUGCAGAUACACCUGCCCCAGCUGCCACCUGUGCCAUACCGCAGCAGAAGGACCGUGACAGCCGAGUGCAUGCAGCCAUGGCGCGCAGCAUAGAGGCCCUUGCCAUCGCCCUCGCCUGCUCCCACCCCGCCUCCCAUGCACCCCAUGCCCCCAAUGCCUCUCAGUCCGCCCAUCCAUCCCCCGCCCCUGACCCCUCUCUCGCCGCCCUCUCCCUCCCACGCUCCUUCCGCCACACCCACUGCUCUGCUGCCACUGCGCUGCUCCCAACGCCACUGCCCAUGACACCACACAAACCAGCAGCAGCAGCAGCACUGCUACACAAGGCCGCAAGCUUGACCCCGUUGACCCCGUUGACCGCUGGCUCGAGUGCUUCUCGCCCUCCACCAGUCAUCCUCCUCCACGUGGCUCCCUCCCUGGCUCUCCCACCUCCUGCCCACGUGGCUGCUUCCCAUUGGCCGCAGCACAGCUCCCUCCCGGCACAGCUAUUGGCUGGGCAAGCUGGCAGAAGAAUGGGUGGCACAGGGGGAGGGGUAGGGGGAGGGGGGGUAGCAGGAGGGGGAGGCGGAGCAACAAGGGCGAUUGAGCUUGGGGUGGAAGGGAGGGUUGCAGUGGGGCUGGGACAGAGCAGUCAGAAUAGUGAAGGCAGUCAGGGCAAUCACGGCAGGCAAGCGGUGCAUGGCAGGAGGUCAGGAGCAAGCAGGGGGAGUGGGUGGUGGGGCGCCAUGUGGAACAGCAGGGCGAGUGCAGGAAAGGGCACAAAGAGUAGGGAAGGCAGGGGGGUUGGGGAUGGGAGAGGCAGGGAGGGCGAGGGACGGCAGUGGAAGUACUUCCUCUCAGCCAUGGCGUUCAACCGUGCUGCCGCUGCUGCUCCCUCUGCUGGCAGUGGCACUGAGAGGUGCCAGGCUGCGCUGUUUGCCAUCUUCCAGUGGAUGGAGUACAUGCGCUACGCGGGCACAGAGCACGUGUUCUGGUACGACUGUGCUGCCAGCGACGCAGAGAGCCAGGCGGCCGCCCUCUCGGUGUACGUGCGGGCAGGGCUGCUCACGUACCACCGCCUGCACCAGAUAGCGCCUCCCCCUGCUGGCGCCAACUACCACUUUGACCAGGACUCCUCGCUCUCGCACUUCCUGCAACACCACCGCCACGAGUCCAAGUGGGUGGCGUUUGCUGACGUGGACGAGUACAUCUUCAUGCCGCCCGACACCCACCCAGGCUUCCUCACGCGCCUCCUGCUGCGCCGCCCAUGCGCCGCCCAACACCCUGCUCCUGGUGGUGCUGGCGGUACAGGAAGAGGGAGAGAGGAAGAGGAGGGAGGGGAGGGGAAGCAGCAUGAGGCAACACAGGUGCUGCUAUACAACCAGUUCUUCAUAGGCUACCUUCGCCCUGCCCCCGCGCGCCUCACUAUAGAGCGAUUCAUCCACCGUCCACACCGUCCGCCCGACCACCAUGACCGCCUGCGGGGCAAGCUGCUGCUACAGCCGGCGGCUGCCCUCGGGUUCCUCUCCCAUGCCCCCCACCGUGCUAUCAUGCACUCCGGAGAGACCAUAGUGGCUGAUACUGGGUUCAUUCGUGUGAAUCACUACUGGGGUGAUAGGGGGCUAUCGGGGAAUGCGAGUGAGAGGGAGAGGGAGGAGGUGGAGGAUGGGUCGGUGGAUGAUAGGAGCAUGCAGGUUGUAGCGGAUGUGAUUAAAAGGAGGUUGAAAUGGGUGGUGCCGGUACUGCCGGUGCUGUGUGAGAGGGAGGCUGUGGUUGGUGCUAUGAUGGAAGCUCAGAGGUUGGCAGAUGUGCUGCUGCAAGCUGUGCAGAUGGAAAAUGGAUGA